GACACCAGUGCCAGUCGCAUCCUUUACGUGUCACUUCAAUCUGGUUUGCAGAACCACUUGGAUUGAGCUCUACUUCGCUGCACUCAGUUCUCUUUAGGACUCAUUAAUUCUAGAAUACAAAAUCCUGGUUUGCGUGAUGCAAGAAGCAAAUUAGCUGCAUCAAGACUGCUUGCUUUGCAGUGGAGUAGACGCUAGCCAACUGCAGUUUGCAGAGGACGGUGGAAUUCACAUAAAAAGAUGGAUUUGCUGACAUUUUUAUCUUUCAACAUCCUUGUGAGUCCUACAUGGGCCAUGUCCUAUCACUCCUUCAUGGACAGAUUGACAUCCCACUCAGUCUUCAAGUUGCCGGUGAAGCUUGAACACUGUUGUCUGAUGUCCCCUCCACCUCCUCCACUCUUCCCACCACCACCACCUCAUCACUUCCCAUCACCCCCCGGGGUGUCGCCGCCGGCCGUGUUUAGAGGAGAGGAGCAGCAAAACGAGCAUCCGCGGGUACCCGGCUGCCCACCUGGACCUCCGGGACCUCCAGGACCACCUGGUCCAGAAGGUGAGAAUGGAUUUCCUGGCAUAAGAGGACCAAAAGGGGAAAAGGGAGAAAUUGGACGCCCAGGGUCAAAGGGGCGUACAGGAGCGCCGGGGCUUCCAGGGAAACAAGGACUUCCAGGAUGGCCUGGUCCACCGGGACCCGUGGGUGAGAAAGGAGACCCUGGACUCAUGGGACUACCAGGAUUGAGGGGACCCCCAGGAAUGAAGGGUAUGCCUGGUUACAGAGGAGAGAAGGGCGACAAUGGAAACCCAGGAAUGCCGGGAUUAAAAGGUGAAAAAGGCACUACCGGUUUGCCUGGAAUGCUAGGUCAGAAGGGUGAACAAGGCCCAAAAGGAGAACCAGGCAUCCCAGGCAAAAGAGGACCCACCGGGCGCCCUGGAAAGAGAGGCAAACAGGGAGAAAAGGGAGAAAUUGGAGCCUUUGGACUUAUGGGCAAACCUGGGCCACCAGGGCCAAUCGGGCCUCCUGGUCCACCUGGUCAACCAGGCUCCGGUCUCUAUCUUGCCGGGGAAAAGGGUGAGAAGGGUCUUCCCGGCCCACCCGGUCACUGUGACUGUGACACUCUUCUCAUCGCCAACAAAGCUCCUUCGGGAAGCUACACGCAUGAGGAGAUCCCCAAUCAAGUCCCUGCCAUAUUCGUAGUGAGCAACGAAGACGAACUGGGCCGUCUACGUCUAGAUCACGCCAUCGCCUUCAGGAAGGAUCAGAAGGCGCUCUACUUUCGGGAUAAGGACGGAUGGAAGCCCAUUCAGCCCUUUCAGCAAUUCCAGUCUACCGAGAAAGUACCAGACAGAGUGGGUGUGUGCGGAGAUGGUAAAGUGCAGGCCCAGGAUGGCGAGGAAUGCGAUGAUGGAAACCAAAUUGUCACUGAUUCUUGUCUGAACUGCAAAUGGGCCUAUUGUGGAGACGGUUAUCGACAUGAAGGCAUGGAGGAGUGUGAUGGGAAAGACUUUGGCUAUCAGACAUGCAAAUCGUAUCUUCCUGGAUCCUUCGGUCAUCUCAGAUGCACUGAUUCCUGCAUCAUCGACUCUACUGGCUGCAAGUACUUCACCUGAACAGAACGCAUAGUGCAAAGUUUGCAACUUGUCUUCACCUUAUAAGAGGGAUUCCUCUUCGGAUUUCAAUUGAAGUCUCACCUCACGUUCCUGAAAAUGAUUUGAUGGACUGAGACAGUUCUAACAGGAAGUUUCUGGUCUGUGCCAUGAGAUGAAGGAUGAGAGUCAGCUUUUGGAUCAGCUGGCCUCAGGGAGCUAUGACGAGGAACACUUAAUGACAUGCUGACUGUUAUUACAGAUAUAAACUGAGCCUCUUUUACAACGACAGUAUGCAGAACAUGUUAGAAAUCGUAUAUUUAUAAGAUGAAAUGCAGUAUAAAUGCAUGGAUUUGUGCUUAACCAGAGCUGUACAAAGUGUUAACAUUUUAAAAUGAAUGUCUAAAUAUAUGAUGAGAACGUUUUAGAGCAAUAAGUAGCAUGGCGAGACUUUUCAUUUUUCAUGUGAAUAUCUGCAUUAUUGUCAAAAUAAAUCAAGUGUUUAAAGAGUAACUUUGGAGUCUUUCAAAUGUAAAGAAAUGGCAUGAAAUAUGUUAAUCCAUUCAUGCACGAAUUGUGAUUUUAUUUUAUUUUUUUAACCCUUACAGGGCACACAUUGGGUGCCAUUGACGACACUAGACGUUAAUAACUUUUCGGGGCAGGAUGUCAACUUUUGAGUGUUACUUGGAACCAAAACCAGUGUGUAGUGUAUUUUAGUUUUUAUUCAUGUUAUUUGUAGUUUCAAAACAUUGCAUUAAUUCAUAUUUAGUCAUAAUCAUCGAAUACAGUAAGGAUAAAUAAGUGCUAACUUUUGAAUAGCUGGCCACUGUUGUGAUCACUGUCCCUGAAAGGGUUAAAAUAGUUAAUAAAUUAAUAAACAGAAAUUACGCCAUGUUACAGAAAAAAAUUCCACUUUGUUCCUGGCUUGUAAUCAUUCUAUGCAUGUUGCUUAAGUCCAAACGAAAUGAAAAUGCACCACUAAAAUAUAAAGUAGGGCUGUCAAAAUUAUCGCGUUAACGGGCGGUAAUUAAUUUUUUAAAUUAAUCACGUUAAAAUAUUUGACGCAAUUAACGCACAUGUCCCGCUCAGACAGAUUUAAAUGACAGUAAAGUGAAAUGCCCACUUGUUAAUUGUGUUUUGUGGAGUUUUGCCGCCCUCGGCUGGCGCUUGGGUGCGACUGAUUUUAUAGGCUUCAGCACCCAUGAGCAUUGUGUAAGUAAUUAUUGACAUCAACAAUGGCGGGCUACUAGUUUAUUUUUUUGAUUGAAAAUUUUACAAAUUUUAUUAAAACGAAAACAUUAAGAGGGGUUUUAAUAUAAAAUUUCUCUAACUUGUACUAACAUUUAUCUUUUAAGA